GCAGAGGACGACGGGGCUCUCGACUGGUGUGCACCUCUCAGCGCGCGCACACUCACACAUGCUCAUGCAGACGCGCUAAGCACGGGCAGACAGACACAUCCGCAGACCCCUCUCCUCUCCGGAUCUCCGUGACACUGAUCCCGGUUGAGCCAGAUUCCAUCUCCACGUCUGGCUGAGAGCUGCUGAGCAACGACCCUCUCCCUGAGGAUCUUCAGCCUUGCUGCUAUAUUUCACACUUUCGUGAGUGCCUUGGACUCCGGUCCUGCGCAGAGAUGCUUCCCCUGGAGGGUAUCCGGCAAUACGGUCUUCUGUUCCUGGUUCUGCUUGUAUACGUCACGGCAUCCCAGACGGAUGCCAAAUGCCCUGAGCAGUGCUCCUGCCCCGCCUCACCGCCCGUGUGCCCCCCAGGAGUCAGCUGGGCCACAGACGCCUGCGGCUGCUGCAGGGUUUGCGCCCGGCAGUUCAAUGAAGAUUGCAGCCCCAACCAGCCCUGCGACCACAUCAAGGGCCUGCAGUGCCAAAUGGGGGCUGGGGGGGACCCAGAGCGAGGCCUGUGCCGAGCUGAGGCACAGGGCCGUCCCUGUGAGUUUGACGGACGCCUCUACCAGCACGGAGAGGACUUCCAGCCCAGCUGCCAGCACCGAUGCAGCUGCAUGGAUGGCGUCAUUGGCUGCAUGCCUCUGUGCCCCCACCAGAUUCCGCUGCCCGACUGGCACUGCGCCAGCCCGCGCCUCACACGCCCGCUGGGCCGCUGCUGUGAGGAGUGGGUGUGCGACGACAGCAACCGCAUCGAAGAAGAGGCCGAGGCCCCUCCGCCCCACCCCAAUGCCAUCAGCAAGGAGCUGCCGCUGCCCGGACUCAGCCUUGCCGGCUCAGGGGCCACAUUCCAAGAGUGGACAUCCCAGCUCGAAUCCCAGAUCUCGCUUCCUUCGGCAUGUUUCCCGCAGACCACCGAUUGGUCGGAAUGCUCCGCCACAUGUGGGAUGGGCGUGUCCGGCCGUGUGACCAACAGCAACGCAGAGUGCCGACUUGUGCGAGAGAGUCGACUGUGCCAAGUGCGGCCGUGUGACCAGAUAGAGGCCCUAGGGCUCAAGAAAGGUAAGAAGUGUCAGCGCACAAUCCGGCCGAAGGAACCGCUCCGGAUCACGUUCGCUGGCUGCUCCACGGCGCGGCUCUACCGGCCUCGUUCCUGCGGCUCCUGCUCGGACGGCCGCUGCUGCACGCCUUCGCUGACCCGCACGGCGCGGCUGCGCUUCCUGUGCCCCGAUGGCGAGAGCUUCACGCGCCGCUUCAUGUGGAUCCUCCGGUGCCGCUGCCGCCCCGGCUGCCGGGCCGAACGCCGGCCCUCGGGGCCCUCUGUCAACCUCCACAAUGACAUCCACACGUUCGCCAACUGAAACCAGUUGGAGCCCACACCCACCCGUGCGUACCCUGCUCUACCGUGACCGGAGGCUGCCUUUUGCCUGAGAUGGAGCUUGAAUUGUGGAGGAUGGUGUCACACGGCUCCAUCCCGCAACAAUAAACCAUCACGGUGCCGUUCAGGGCUCUGCCUGUCUGUCGAACCCUCGGUCAAUUAGGACACAGAUCCUGCUGGGGCGUUUUCUUGCACUUUUAUAGUUUUCAUAUAAUUUUCUCAUAUGAUCCCUGAAGCAUGCUGGUUGGUCAUGCAGAUGUUCUCCCCCGUGCUGAGAAACCCAAGAAACCCAUGAGGCCGGUCCCCCCCGAGGACACAUCUUGAGGUCGAGAUGUAACGUUCCUGGAAGAAACAGAAUCCGUCACCAAGCAAUCAAACGGACAUUAGUUUAAGACCCCAGACUGAGGAAACACACCCUUCUCGGUGAAACCAAACUUUUUCCCGCAUGCUCGUUUUCUAGCAUUCUCUUUAUUUAUUCUUGUAUGGUAGACGAGAAGAAACGCGGUAAAAAUUCCACCCGAGCACGGUGAAAGGCGGCAUUCGUGUUACUUGUGUAUCUUCUUGUCGAAGACCCUCCCGUCAUAAGCGAUGGGCAACAAACAAAUGUGUGUGUAGCUCAACCACAGGAGUUCUCACACCCAACUGAAUGCUGUUUGGGUUCACAUUUGGAUGCAAUAUUAAUAUCUUUUUAAUAUUAAUAUUAAUGUCUCUUUCUGUCAGUUCAGAUGUAAAUAGUGGGAUAUCUGCAUAUAUUUUAUGUGUAACCAGCUGAUAUGUUCAGUAGUGGAAACUUGAUGAACAAACAAUUAUGGGAUGCUUUGUCCAUAUGUUUAUGCCAUUGUUAAGGUGUGUGUGUGUGUGUGUGUGUGUGUGUGUGUGUGUGUGUGUGUGUGUGUGUGUAGUGAGUGCAGCGUUUGUACAGACUCCAUUCUCGGUGGAGCGACACUUCUGGAGUUCACCUCAUUUUUCGAGGUGUUUUACAACGUCUGAGAGAGGUUUUUUUGUACCGAUAUGAAGAUUUUGAUUUGUAUAUUUAAGACUGCUAUUUUGUUUAAUAUAUUUCCUCAAUGUCUUUUAUCGUUGCCAAGUCUCCUUUCAAA